GCGGUGGUCAGCGCCACAAGUCGCACGUCAUACACCAUGUUCGCGCUGUGGUUUGUGCUCGGGUUCGCGGGUUUGGUGCUCGCGCAGAAUGCUUUACCGGAGAGCUUCACGAGGUGUCGGCGAGAUGAGCAGCUCAACAGCUGUCUCAAGAGCGCCGUACCCGCCGCUCUCAAACUCAUGAAGACUGGAGUGCCGUCGUUGUCGGUGCCGGCGCUGGAGCCGCUGCGGCUGGCGGCGCUGGCGGUGCAGGCGGGCGCCGGACCCGUCGUCAUCAGACAGGAGUACAGGGACAUCAGGCUACACGGACUUACUGACUCCCAGCUGCUCACCUACAAAGCCGAUCUGAACCACUACCGUCUGCGGACGGACUCCCUCACCCCCAAGAUGGAGUUCAUCGCCGACUACGUGAUGAAGGGCCGGAUCCUGCUGCUGCCCAUACAGGGGAAGGGUGUUGCCAACAUCACAUUGACGAAUCUCCUGGUGAAACACGACCUGAUCGGCGAGCCGGUGGUGAGGGAUGGAGAGACGUACAUGCACAUCCGCGAGUACCGCACCAGGUUCGUGCCGAAGCAGGUCACGCUUCACUUCACCGACCUGUUCAACGGCGACAAGGUGCUGGGGGACAACAUGAAUAUGUUCCUGAACGCCAACUCGGAGCUGGUGUUUAAUGAACUGAAGGAGUCGUACGAGGCCGGCCUCAGUGACCUCUUCAAGAACGUCACCAACAACAUCUUCGACAAAGUGCCAAUGAACCAGAUAUUCAUCGGCAACUAAUAUCCUUCCCCCAGUUGGGACUCGGGUAUAAGGGCUCCUACACAUAACUGUGAACCCGCAUCGCAUCGCAGAUAUCUGCGAUGCGAUGCGAAUUCGCAGAGACGACUGAAAAAACUUUGGUGACAGUGGAGAAUGUAGAUAGUCUAGCUGUAAGUUUCGUAAGUGUAGGUUAAGCGACAAUUGUAUUUAUUAUGUUUUAACCGUUAGACAUGAAAUUAAACAACUAUUUCUAAAAGUAAUUUA